CCCCUCUCCUGCUCAGUAGGAUGAGUAUGUUCCUUCUGCAAAUGAUCCAGGCCGCUGCUGGUGCUGAUGCUGCUGAAGCUGCUGAUGCUGUUGGGCUCGGUGUCCAGGCCAUGCUUACUACACAGUAGAUGACCAUGUCCUGGUAUAAAUACUUGAGCUGUGACAUCCCUGGGUACAGAUAUGCACUAAGGAAUCAGACAACAGACAGAGAUGUGUCCUACUGCUGAAAAGAAGACACAGGUGCAAAGUAGGCCCAUCAGGACCUUGGGAGACCCAGAAGAAUCUCAGCGAUGGCGAAGAGAGAUUACCUGGUGGAGGCAGCCAAGCAGAUCCGAAUGGCUCUGGACAGCGAGGUCAAUGAAGACUAUGAAGCAGCCUUCAGCUACUACAAGAACGGAGUGGAUUUACUGUUGAAUGGAGUCCAGUUGGACCCAAACAAAGAUAGGAGAGAGGCUGUAAAGAGGAAGACCACUCAGUAUCUAAAGCGAGCUGAAGAAAUCUUCAUAACCCAUCUGCAGGAUAACCUUGGAAAAGGAGGCUCUCAUUUAGGGGGCUACAGCAGUCUGAGAUUUCGCCCGAUCCGACACUUGAGUUCACCCGUAGAAGAUCUGGAAAUGUGUAAAGUAGUGGGAGUCACUGAUAAGGUCCUGAUUGUCCAAAGCAUGGUCAACAAAGAGACAUUUGUUGUAAAGAGCCUCGUCAAAUCCAGCUGGGAGAGCAGAGACCAAACUACCAUUAUUCCUCAAGGUGUGCCCUAUAUGGUGAAGCUGCUGCGGUACUAUGUCAGUGAGGAUGCCGUGUACCUGCAUCUAGAGCAUGUCAAAGGUGGGCGACUUUUCUCCAAGUUGCGCAAACUUAGAAAUGAGAAGACCAAGGAACACCCAGACCCAUGCUUCUCCUCUGGCCACCACAUCAUGCUGAAGACAAGCCACACCUCCCCUUCAAUCACCACAGACUUCAACCACAGCAGCAGGAGCAGAGCAGUGAGUUCACACAAACCUACAGAUGAGAGUCCAGAUACAGACUUCCCAAACUCAUGGCAUGAGACUCAACAGCGAUUGGAAAGCUGCGGGACACACUCUUACAUUGAGGAGACCGGCUGCCUCCAGAACACACGGUCGGCUGCGUCGUUUUACACCAAGCUGGAUCAGCUGACUCUAGUCUCUGGCCUGACAAGGACACAAGUCAACACCCAGCUCCAUCCACCAGCCCCGAGUUUGUGUUUGCAUUCCAGUGAAGCUCAGGAAAAGCCGGCUCUUCCUCUCCCCUGUGCCCGUGUCAGCCAAGCUCUUGAUGUCAUGUCAGAACUCCAUAAAAAGAAAGCUGGGAUGGGACUGGUAGAGUGCAGCACAGACUUUGAGGCGGCCUGGGAAGCCGCUGACCCGAUGCACAGCUGUACUAAAGCAAACUCCUAUGCAGUGACUGGCAAUAAUUUGCAAAGAGCAACAUCUCAAACAAAUCAGACCUCAUAUAAAAGACCAGAAUCCCCAAUAAGUCAAAAUGCUGCUUUAAGCUCCUCUCCUGCCAUUUUGCACCUCCCUCUCCAUUGCCAGACCCAAAUCCAUGGCAGAGCAUCAUGGGAAGCUAAUGCCUCCCAACAGGGAUCCAUUUUAGGUGGAAGUUCCGAAGAGAUGAAUGCUGAUUUGAAGGAAGAAAGCAGCCCUGUUGUAGAAGAAAGAAAUGGAAUGAUAGUCAUCCGGAGCACAGACAGAGCAGUAUUUUCUGAUCACACGAACACAAGCAUUAUCUCACAAAGCUCUCCAGAUUUUACGACUUCAUUUUUGCACAGUAGCCUAAAUAUACAAGGGAUAGUAUUAGAUGAACACCAAAAAGGAGAAAAUUGCCCUACAGAAGUAAAACAGAGAGUAGAAAUGGCCUGUGAAGUUCUUAGUCCUGGAGGGAAAAACCAAAAAGUGGGAUCGUAUGUAGGCUGGGUCUCUCCUGACCCUCUUGGAGUCACAAGCCACAGCAACAAAAAGAAUGUGGAGGGACCAGAGAUGCAAGGAGAAGACCAGAUCAUCGAGGUGGACGGCUGGUGUCAUCUGCCACGUUUUCCUACCAAGAACUCCAGGCCUGCAGAUAAGGCCUUGCAGAACUGUUGGGGGCUUCCAGAAGCCGAGGUGCGUGUGUGGGGUGCGCAGAUUCUGUUGGCGUUGGAGAGUCUGCAUGAGCAGGGCAUCUUUUGUCGUGAUCUCAACCCAAGGAACAUCCUGCUCACCAGCAACGGAAAGGUGUGUUUGACGUUUUUCAGCCAGUGGAGUGAGGUUCAGUCAGAGAUCAGCUCCAAAGCCAUUGAACAGAUGUACUGUGCUCCAGAAAUUGGAGGAGUUUCAAGGAUAACAGAAGCUUGUGAUUGGUGGAGUCUUGGGGCUUUGCUGUUUGAACUUCUAACAGGAAUGCCCCUUUGGCAGCUGCAUCCAGCAGGAAUCCAUUCCCACACCCAGCUGGUCAUCCCCGACCAUCUAAGUGCUGCAGCAGCUUCCCUGCUCACUGAGCUGCUUCAGUUCGAUGCGGGUUAUCGCUUGGGUUCUGGAGGUGGAGGAGUAAGCGAAAUUAAAUGCCAUCCAUUCUUCAGUGGUGUGUCCUGGAAGGCUCUUUCCUGCUAGCAGGGAUUUUAUUUUUUAUUUAUUUUUUUGCCAGAAUGGACUUAAAGAGAAAAGGCCGAUUUGGAUUUCACCAUCAUGUCCAGAGUGGAUGAAGCCCAAAUGUUACAUGAGAAUAUUCAAAGAAAAGGUUGUGCUUUGAAUUUCAAGUGCCUUGCAAAAGCAUUUAUACCUGACUUUUUUCACAUUACAACAACUACAACUACAAACUACACCAGCAUAAAAUUACAAACUUAGUCAUCUUAUUUGCCAGACCAACACAAAGUAGCACAUGAUUCUGAAGCACAAGUCAGAAAUGUUUUGCUCCUUCGUUCUUUUGUUUGCAUUAAGUUCCAUCCAAGCAUUUUAGUGCUUAUAGAUGCAUGAUGCUGCCUCCACCAUGCUUCCCAGAUGGGAUUUUAUUCAUCCAUCUUAUGGGCAAAAGCCAGGGGUAAACCCAGCACAGCCUAUCAAAGGACAAUACACAAUUAUACAAUUUAGAUCUAUCCUGGUUACAUUAGGUAGAGCGUCUGGCAUAAAAACAAAGUUGGUUUUGACCUACUGUGGUAACCUUUGAAUAAAGGAGCCGCCAGAGGGACCUGCCCCUUUUCAGUAAGAUUUUUCUGUGUUCCUCAAUUUCUAAAUAUUAAUGUCAUCUUGUGAUGUGGUAAAAUGUGAAAAAUCAGAUGCUUUUCCAAGGCACUGUGAUUCAUAAGUACAGGCACAAAGUGAUUUGCAGAACACUCAUAGGAACUUAUUGUGUUUUGAUGCAAUUUUUGAUAACUAGGUUUUACAUAUCACCUUCAUAACCAUCCUGCAUGUCAAUAAACCCUUCCAAACAAAGA